AAUAAUCAUGGCGUCGGGAGCACGGCACACAUCUGACAUCGUGUCAAAAUAUUAGUUUUUUGUGGUGUUCUUGGCCUAAAAUGGACAACAAGAAGAGUCCAAUACGUCGGGCCAAGCGUCAGGCCAAGGUGCUCGAAGACAAUUUCUGGGAUUGUAGCGUGUGCACGUACAGGAACACCGCGGAAGCGUUCAAGUGCCUGAUGUGCGACGUGCGAAAGGGCACGUCGACCCGGAAGCCCCGCAUCAAUCCGCAAUUGGUGGCGCAGCAAGUGGCCAGCCAGUUCCUGCCGGCCACCAGUAACCAAAAGAAAGAGAAGAAGGACAAGAAGUCGACGAAGAAACGACGGCACCCGCCCCGGCUGAAGAACGUCGACCGGAGCACCGCGCAGACCCGCGAGGUGACGGUCAACAGUGUCACGGUGACCAUAACCGAAUACAAGCCGAAAAUCAAAACGGCAGAGACGAUUUCCAGCAGCAGUUCCUCGGACCACGGAUCCCAUUCGGAGAGCAGCAUGGACGCGCGAUGAAAACGCACCGGGGGACCCGGGGGGGUUGUACGAGCGAAGGGUGUUUUUUCUAUGUGCUGUUGUUGUUGUUGUUGUUUUCUGUGCGUGUGUCAAUGACUCGGCGACGACGCGAAUCCGCGAUACAUGGGACAUGCGGGGACUCCUCUGCGAACGAGCUGCCACCCGACUGAAUUAAUAAAAAUGGGGGGGUUUUUCUGUUAAACAAAAAACCCGACCCCCAUCGUACGUCUGUUUCUAGUGUUCGAAUUCCUAAGUGUCCACUGCCUCGACCAAAUGUUGUUCAGGUUAAUCACGGCAAAACAAAACAAAAAAAAAGUUAAUACAACGUUUCGUUUUUCUAUAUAGAGCAUCUAUCUAUUUUCAAGACUGUCUGCGUUGAACUAUCAGUUAACGCAUUAAAUGCAUUUAUAUGAUUUGUUGAUGAAAGUGUGUGUGACGUUAGAAUAAAUAAAUUAUUUUUAAUUUAA